ACAUUACGAAUUUUUUAGUAUGCCAUUCCUUUUAAAAGAAUCUAUAAAUUAGUAAUUUAACAAUAGUUAGAGAUAUAUGUUGCAGUGGGAAUCAAUGUAAACAGAAUAAAUCAUCCAUUUCUAUUGAGUAUUAUAAGACUAAUUGGAAUUGGGUACAUGUUAUAUUAUAUUGGCCUUGCACAAUUAUUAUUGCCUCUUGCUUGAAAAAUAUACAAAUAAAUAUUUCAUGCCUGUGUAUCACUUAACUUAAGAAAUUGUCAGCUGGCCUGUGUUUAUAAUAGUAAGAUCACAGCAUCUGAUAUUUUAGAUAAUUAACAAACUGGAUUAUUGUCUUCACUCCACUUUCGUAGGAAAAUUUCAUCCAAAUUUGUCAACAUGAACAACUUCGAUGUUUUCAAUGACUUAACUUUAUAUAUUACUCCAGAAAAUUUUUAUAUUCAACCUGUUGGAUAUGAUGUAAUGGUUGUUAUCGAUAGAACCACAGAAUCGAUAACGGUCUUGAACGUUGGUCAGAUACCAGCAGCUAAUAGUAAAAAAGACUUCUGCGGCUUUUUGGGAACAAUAAAUCUACUAGCUGGUCGAUAUUUGGUGAUAGCAACUCAGAGGCAAUUAGUUGGCUAUAUAGCUGGACAUGCAAUAUGGAGAUUAGCUAAGGCAGAACUCAUUCCUUAUUGUAGGAGUACAUUGCAUUUAAACCAAGAUCAACUAGUUGAUAAUAAUACACACAUUGCUAUGAUUGAACAAGUAUUAUCGACUCCAUAUCUAUACUUCAGUUAUUCAUAUGAUCUUACUCACACUCUUCAAAGGCUUCAUGAUAUAGGUCCAGAUUUCUGGUCCCAAUCCCUUGUUGAGCGUGCUGAUCAUAGGUUCAUGUGGAAUGGAAAUCUUUUGAAGGGAUUAAAAAGGCCUGACUUGAGAAAUUUUUGUUUACCUCUACUACAUGGAUUCAUCUCAAUAAAUCAAUGUAGAAUUAAUGGUCUAGAUUUCACCUGGGCUCUGAUAUCCAGAAGAGGUAUUUACCGAGCAGGUACAAGGUUGUUUAGGAGGGGUGUUGACAGAGAUGGUAAUGUGGCAAACUUUGUGGAAACUGAACAAAUUAUUGAUUUCAGAAAUGAUCGUGCAAGUUUUGUGCAGAUUCGUGGAUCCAUACCAUUAUUUUGGAACCAGUUGCCAGAUUUGAGAUAUAAACCUCCUCCCACAAUACUUGACAUCGAUCCAAAUGAACAAAACUUAGCUUGUGCAAAGCAUUUGGAAGCUACAAUGGCGAUUUAUGGAAAACAAGUUUUGAUUGAUUUGGUAGAUCAGCAUGGUUCUGAAGGAGCCUUGGAAAGAAGUUUCAGGGACACUGUUAAAAAUCUUAAUAUAUCGUCUGUUAAAUAUGAACCCUUUGAUUUUCACUCAGAAUGCAGGAAAAUGAGAUGGGAUAGACUUUCCAUCCUGAUGGAUCGUAUAGCACCUGAUUUGGAAGAGAAUGGAUUCUUCUUGAUCUUGAGAGAUGGUUCUCUUUCUUCUUUACAAGAAGGAGUUUUCAGAACUAAUUGUGUUGAUUGUCUAGAUAGAACAAAUGUAGUUCAGAGUAUGCUUGCUCAUAGGAACCUUGAAAUUGUGUUGAGGAAGUUGCAAAUCCUGACACCCGGUGGUCUCUUGGAGAGUCAGAUAUCAUUCGAGGUGUUAUAUAAAAAUGUUUGGGCAGACAAUGCAGAUGUAAUAAGUACACAGUAUUCCGGUACGGGAGCUUUGAAGACCGAUUUCACAAGAACUGGAAAACGCACAAAAAUGGGACUCAUACAGGAUGGAGUCAAUUCUUUGAUGAGAUAUUACAAGAAUAAUUUCACAGAUGGCUUUCGCCAAGACGCGAUUGAUCUGUUUCUUGGAAAUGGUGAAAUUAUGGCUCCAAUGAGAGUGGAGAGAGGAUGGCGUUAUGUAACAUUUCCCUCUGUUCUGCUUGUUGCUAUGGCGAUGUUCGUUGCGUCGGCAGUUUUUCCACAAAGAUAUUCCACAGAGUCUCUUAUGUACCUCUUGUUUUGGGGCUCGAUGGUGGCAGCAACAGCAACAACAAUCUUCCGUUAUGGUAAAGAGUUCAUCGACAGGCCUCGACUUACGCAAAUUUAGCAUUCUAGUCAUUUUAAAACGCCCUUCAUUAUGGAUUUUUUAUUUUAAAUCUUUGUAUAUUUAUAAAUAAACAUAUAAAGUAGAUGUAAAAGUACAUGAUUGAUUCAUUAGAAAUGGUUUAUCUGAGACUAUCAAUAAAAAUAUUCUGAAUUAGAA